CAGCUAUAGUCCAAUAGAGUCCGAGUGACGGACAUUCAUUGUUUAAAACCUUCACAAUGCAGUGGCUUCUGUCUUUCAAGCAAAUCUCAAAAAUUCCCAGAAAUCUUUCCAAUGGUAGUUCAUCUUUCCAAACAGUUUGCUCAAACGACUUACUUUCUCUCUCUAAAACAAACCCGAAUCACAUUCAUGGCCAUACUUCUCUCAACCAACCGCAUCAUUUCUUCUCUAACUCUACUCCUUCACCGAACAAAUUUUCACAGAAGAUUUAUGGGUCUCUCUCAAACCCUAUACUGAGAAAGCAAUCGUUGUCGAAUAUCGUUCUGAAGGCUCCAAGCAAAAACCUCGUAGAUGGUGGAGUUGGGUUUCUCAGAGCUCAAUUCUCCAGACAAUUUUUCAAUCUCAACUCGUUUCAUGGAGCUCGGUUCCCCAGACCAAGUUUCAAUUUCAACUCGUCUUAUCUCCGUUACUGGCAUUCAUGGCGCAGAAGGCUAACGCCUAAUGGUGUGGUUUUGGGCUUGAUUUUAACUAAUGUAGCCGUUUUCAUGUUAUGGCGGAUUGCAGGUCGUGAAUUUAUGAUGAAGAACUUUACGAUUUCGGUAGAAAAUUUUAAAAGAGGACGUGUGCACACGAUGAUAACUUCUGCAUUCAGUCACGCGGAUGCCGGGCAUCUUAUCUCUAACAUGGUUGGACUAUAUUUUUUCGGGACAAGUAUUGCAAGCGCUUUUGGACCUGAAUUUUUGCUACAAUUGUAUCUAUCUGGGGCAGUUGUUGGCUCAAUUUUCUACUUGGUGCACCAUGCCUUUAUGGCCUCAUCAUCAAAGAGCCAAAACAUGUGGACGAUGGACCCUUCAAGGAUUCCAGGAUUGGGAGCAAGUGGCGCAGUGAAUGCUAUCAUGUUACUCGAUAUAUUCCUCUUCCCAAAAUCUACGAUCUAUCUAAAUUUUUUUAUACCAGUUCCUGCUAUCUUACUGGGUAUCUUUCUCAUUGGAAAAGACAUGCUGCGAAUACUGGAGGGAAAUAGUCAAAUCUCAGGAUCUGCUCACCUGGGUGGUGCUGUUGUGGCUGCCAUAUCAUGGGCACGAAUUAGGAGGGGACGCUUCUGAAUUCAUGAUGGAUUUGUGAAUAUCUGACUCCAGCUUUUGUGAAUUUCUGACUCUCUCUCUCUCUACACAAUUUUUCAUUGGAAGAAAGUAGGAUGCAAUAUAUCUUUUGGUGUUAAACUCUCAACAUUUACUUAAUGUAGGAUGCUGUUGAAAUUUGUUUUUCCUAGUUUGCCGUUGAAUUUGAUUCUAAAAAUAUUGGUACUUCAAAGUGCUACUUAGUAUUCCUUUCCGUAUCUUUAAAGUUUGGAAAGGAGGGGCAAGAGAGGAAAAGAAUAUUCAUUCACAAUACAAGUGCUAUUUGACAUCAAUUUUUAUUUUAACUUCUAUUAUAUGCAAGGCAAAUUAUUAUUUUGUUCUUAA